GAAGACAAGAGAAAAUCACUGUACGCGAGCGCACCAUCCCGCCAUUUUAUAUUGUAAACAUCAACCAACAUAGUAUAUAGUAUUGUCUUGACAUUUGGAAAAAAUAGCUGAAAUUUCUGUAUUUCACUGACCUUUCACCUUAGCGUAGUAAUAUAUUUCAAUACUAACUAUCCAUGGACGCCAUACCCAAGGAUUUGCGACAGCUUCGGGCAUGUCUCAGUUGUUCACUCAUCAAGAAUGUUGACCAAUUUGAAAAUGAUGGUUGUGAGAACUGUGACGAGUUUCUACACAUGAAGAAUGAUCGUGAUAAAGUUUAUGUGUGUACCAGCAAUAAUUUUGACGGAAUGAUUGCAGUUAUGAGCCCUGAGGACAGUUGGGUGGCCAAAUGGCAAAGAAUAAGUCGAUUCUCAAAAGGAAUCUAUGCCAUCUCAGUUGCGGGCAAGUUGCCUGCUAUUGUUAUACGUGACAUGAAAAGUCGCGGAAUAACUUACAAGUCGAGAGACAAUAGCUCUCGGUAAUUAGUGUAAGUGUUUUGAAAUGUUUUGCCCUUUUCUGUUUUAAAUUGUUUGGGAAACUUUGUCGAUGCUCUCCAAUUACCAUCAGAUUAUUUUAUUGUCAUUGUGAUAUUUUAUUUAAGUGGGAUUUGAUAAUGAUUUUGAAAUAUUUAAACCUACAUUUUAGUAUUUAUAAAAUUCCCUACUCUUAAACCUUGUUCACUGAAUCUUUUACUCGAGGUACUACAUUUCUUUCUGUGAAGGAAACUCUAGAUAACAGUACAAACUUCACUCAUUUUAAAAAUUGACACUGUAUUUUAGUGAGUCAUACUAGGUUUAAGUUUGCAAGUUAAAAAUAUCUUCGUAGCUCUCAUGUUGAGCUGUGGUCUUCCAAUUGAUCUCAAAUAAAAUCCUUAGUUUCUGUACCUA